AUGCUGUAUCAUCAACAACACCAUCGUCAACACGGAGGAGCAGGAUCAGGAGGUGGAGGAGGAGGAGGGAGUGGUGUCAACGGUCAUGCGGCAGCAGCGGCGUCCGGGGCGGUUGUUGUCACGCCGGUUGGGGCCAAAACACCGGGUACACCACGCCGGGACCAGAGUCAUCACCGGCUGGACAAGGCGAUUGCGGUGCAGGAUCCGGGGUUGAAGGAUUAUCGCCUCGGCGACUGCAUUGGCAAGGGGGCCUUUGGGUCCGUGUACAAGGCCUUCAAUUGGGGUACCGGCGAGGCUGUGGCUGUCAAGCAGAUCAAGCUGGUUGAUGUGCCUAAGAGCGAGCUGCGGAUGAUCGAGGCAGAAAUCGAUCUCCUGAAAAACCUUCAUCAUGACAAUAUUGUAAAAUAUAUUGGCUUCGUCAAAACGGUGGACUGCCUCAACAUCAUCCUCGAGUACUGCGAAAAUGGCUCGCUGCAUUCGAUCUGCAAAGCGUACGGCAAGUUCCCCGAGAACCUGGUGGGCGUGUACAUGACCCAGGUGCUCCAAGGCUUGCAGUAUCUCCACGACCAGGGUGUCAUCCACCGCGACAUCAAGGGCGCCAACAUCCUGACGACCAAGGAUGGCACCGUCAAGCUGGCCGACUUUGGCGUCUCUACGAGCACGCUGGCCGGGCCCGACAAGGAGGCACAGGUCGUCGGCACGCCGUACUGGAUGGCCCCCGAGAUCAUCCAGCUGUCCGGGGCCACAUCGGCAUCGGACAUUUGGAGCGUCGGGUGUACGGUCAUUGAGCUGCUGCAGGGGAAACCGCCGUACCACAAUCUGGCCGCGAUGCCCGCAUUGUUUGCCAUUGUCAAUGACGACCAUCCGCCGCUGCCCGAAGGCGUGUCUCCGGCCGCACGAGAUUUCCUCAUGCAAUGUUUCCAAAAAGACCCCAACCUUCGAGUCUCGGCGCGGAAGCUACUGCGGCACGCCUGGAUCACGGGGUGUCGACGAAGCGACGCGCCGGUGUCGAAAGCGCCGUCGAAUUUCAGCCAAGCGGUCGAGGAGGUCAAGCAGUGGAACAAGGCGCUCAAGUCGUCGGAAAGCAACCUGCGGACUUCCAUGGGCUCGGAUGCUGCGGUGCCCGGGGGGGUACCGCGCGCAAAUAUGGGCAGGAUGCCGUUGUCGCUGGCGACGAAACAGAGGCAGUCUGCGGAUGUGUUUCGGACUCCUGAAGUUGCGGAUGAUGAUAACUGGGACAACGACUUUGCGACGACCAUCUCACCGAGUGCCUUACAUCUCCCCCAGAUCAAGGGCCAAGACAACUUUGGCGGCUUGCUCUCAGGCGACCGGCUCAAGGCAUUCGCCUCCAUCGACGCUCAGCGGGAAGAUUCCGAGAACUGGGACUCGACGUUUGAAGGGGGGGAGCUGAUGACGAUCAAGGGCCUCGGUCAGUGGUCAGAUGUCGACCCGCAGGAAGACACCAUCCGCCCCAUGUCUGCUAAGAAAGCGGACAAGACGCGAGAGCCGAGGCUGCGGGUUCCGGAGAACCAGGGCCAGGGGGGCCACAGGCGGCAGCGGAGCCGGCAGGACCCGUUCAGUAGUAGUAAUGCGCAGCAGCCGAAGUCGCCGGUGAAGCCGCUGGGGACCAAGUUUGAGCUGCCGCCACGGCCGGAUGUGUUGUACCGCGAGCAGACGAAUGAGGAUUAUUCGGAUUUGUUUGCUGAUAAUGAUCAUGUCUUUGACAGGCGGUUGAGUCUCACCAGCAAGGACGCCCCCCAGCUAUUCCACCCCUCCGACCUAACCACCAGCGUCCCAAAGUCCGCCCACUCCGUCGGCCCCGGCAGCACCCGGCGUUCCCGGACCGCCCCUCGCCCGACCAUCCUCCCGCCGCCGGACGACGAAGAAGAGGAAGACGAAGAAGCAAACGGGCUUGUCCGACGCCGCCGCGCUCGGCCCCGUACCCGUUCCACGGUGGAAAUCACCCGGUUCGCCGAGGACGAAGGCGACGAGGACUUUUCCGACAUCUUUGGCGUGGCUGGGGAUCGGCUCAGCGAACAACCUGAGGAGAGUGAUCGCGGGUCGGAGACGGAUGGCGGGUUGUCGCACGCAGGAGGCGGAGGCCAAGCGCUCAUCCUCUCGCGAUUGUCAAACAGCUCGUGGCUGGGGGACGACGAGGACGAGGACGAUCCAUUUGCGAUGAUGGACCCUGGAUGGGACGAGAUGGAUCUGGAGGCGAAUAUUGCGCGGGAUCGCCAUGCCAGGCUGGCGGAGAGGGUGGAGGGGCUUGUGAGGAGCAUGCAGGUCACGGAGGGGGAGGAGGUGGUGGGGGAUGCUGCGGAGGAUUUGUUGGCGUUGUUGUGGGAGAACGAAGAGGUGAAAGCGCUGAUCAUUGGGGCGCAUGGGCUACUCCCGAUCCUGGAGAUCCUCGAGCCGUGUACUCUCAAGAGCCGGCAGCAUAUGAUUUUGCAGCUACUCAAGAUUGUGAAUGCGAUCAUCCUAGACGACGUCGAGCUCCAAGAAAACCUCUGUUUCGUAGGCGGCAUCCCCAUCGUAACCAAGUUCGCAGCACGGCAGUACUCCAACGAGAUCCGGCUCGAGGCCGCGGCAUUCGUGCGGCAAGUAUACCAGACAUCAACACUAACGCUGCAAAUGUUUGUCAGCGCGGGCGGGCUCAACGUGCUGGUGGAGUUUCUAGACGAGGACUACGAGACGUCGCAGGAUCUAGUGCUCAUCGGCGUCAACGGCAUCUGGAAUGUGUUUGAGCUGCAGGGGCCGACGCCCAAGAACGAUUUCUGUCGGAUCUUUUCGCGGAGCAAGAUUCUGGAUCCGCUGGCGGCUAUUCUGCACAAGGUGCUGGAUGAGGAUCGGGAUGAGUUGUCGGAGCUGGUGGAGGGGAGGAUUGUGAAUAUCUUUUAUUUGUUUUCGCAGGCGGAGCCGUAUGUGAAGGAGGCUGUUGCUGAGCGGCAGGUGUUGAAGACCGUCCUCAAAGACCUCCGGCGCAUGACGCCGUCGCACCAGAUCACGAUGCUCAAGUUCAUCAAGAACAUGUCGAUGUGCUCCAACGUGCUGGACUCGCUGCACUCGGCGGACGCCAUCGACUUUUUGAUCGACGUGCUCUCCCUGUCGAUGAAGAAGGGCCAGACCAACUUCCGCGAGAUCUCCAACCAGGUGCUCAACACCAUGUUCAACCUGUGCCGGCUAAGCAAGGAGCGGCAAGAGUACGCGGCCAGCAACGGCAUCAUCCCGCUGCUGCUCAAGAUCAUGAAGACGGACCGGCCCCCCAAGGAGUUUGUGCUGCCCAUCCUGUGCGACAUGGCCCACUCGGGCAGCAAAGGGCGGCGCUACCUGUGGCAGAACAGCGGGCUUGACUUUUACGUGUCGCUGCUGGCCGACCAGUACUGGCAGGUAACUGCCCUAGACGCCAUCUUUGUGUGGCUGCAGGAAGAGACGGCCAAGGUCGAGAGCUAUCUGCUAGACGGCAGCUUCACGGCGGCCAUUGCGGCUUGCUUCAACCCGACCAUGGCCAAUGCCUUUGAUCCGAACCUGCUGGAGCCGCUGCUGAAGGUCCUGCGUCUGAGCCCGGCUGUGGCCGCGUGUCUGGCCAAGGCUGAUAUGUAUGCCGGUGUAGCCCAGAAGCUUAGCCACAAGAAGGCCGUGGUGCGGUUGAAUCUGCUACGUCUUGUGCGUAGCAUUGUGGAUGGCUGCGAGGCCAACGGGCUAUCCAUGCUGGCGCUGAGCAUAAGCACACCCGGCCACCACCUGCGCGUACUGCUCGACGACAUCCAAACGCUCGCGGAUAAGGACCCGGCCGUGCUGGUGCGCAACCUGGCCUCGGAGCUCAUCCGCAGCCACCACAUCCACACCGAGCUGCAGCAGCACCACGACGCCCACGCCCACGCCCACGCCCUCGCCCUCGGCGGCUCAACCAGCUCGUCGUCCACCACCACCAGCAACUCCGGCCCGCGCUCCCGCUCCGGCCCACGCCGCAACACCAGCUACACCCCGCCCGGCCUGCACCUCAGCCUGUCCAUGCCGCCCACGCCGACCCACGGCCACCGGCUUACGCAGUCGUCGUCGUCAUCGGCAGCCUCGGCCGCCUACAUCGAGGUAGCCGCCACACCACCCAAACGCUCCGCCAUCGGCCUAACCCAGGACCGCGACCCGUCCUUCUAUCGCCCCCGCAGCCGCGACGGCAUCCCCUUACCCAUCACCACCAACAUCCCGCGUCGCGUCUCCGACACCCCGCCCGUGGCUGGCUCUGCUUCCGCAAUCUCCGCUACCUCCGGUGGCGGUUCUGCAGGGACCAACGGCACACCCGCCGUGUCCACCCCCAUGUCCGCCAAAUCCCGACUCCCCCGGACCUCCAUCACCCAAUACACCUCCGCCCGACCGAACCUAACAAGCGCCACCACCAUGCCUGUAUCCCCCCUGACCACCGGCGCCACCCUGUCCCCCGGUGUCGGCACGGGUCGCGCCGGGGAACAACGCCGUGCCGGCGCUAUGGGACGUAGUGAGUCCUUUAGCCACUACACUAGUGCUCACGGAGUGAACAGCAGUAGUUACAAGGAGAAUUAUCAGGCGUAUUUGCAUCAGAGUCUGGGUCAUCAGAGUUUGGGUCAGAGUCUGGGUCAGAGUCUGGGUCAGAGUCAGAGCCAGGUUGCGGGUAGGAUCCGUUCCGGCUCGGCGGUGACUAUGGCUAGUGUUUCGAGUGCGGGCGGGGGUGGUGGUGAUCACUAUAGUAAUCAUAGGGGGUCACAGCAGUAUGUGGGUUCCCCAGGGGGCUCGUUGGUAUCGCACUCUGGUAGUGUAGGAGGAGGAGGAGGGCUAAUGCCGCCUGUGUUGCCUGUUGGGUAUGGUGCUGGUGCUGGUGCUGUUGGUGGGGGGGUUGUUGGAGGAGGUGGUACAGGGGGAAGAAGGAGGGAAAGAGGGGAGAGGGAGGUCAGUGGGGGGAGUACGGGGAGUAGUAGUACGGGGAGUGCUGUAGGGAGUGCUGUAGGAACCGGGACCGGGGUUGGAAGUACGGGGGGGAAACGGAGGAGUAGAGCGCCCAGUGCGAGGUCGGAUGCUGGGUCGAAUGUGUCCGGGACGGGGACGGGGACGGGAACGGGAAAUGGGGCGGCGGAUGGGCGAUGGUCGUAG